GCCUGCGGGCGCACGGGCGCGGGGCGCUCGCCGUCCAGAUGGCGGGGCAGGUGAAGGACCGCGAGGCCUUCCAGAGGCUCAGCUUCCUGUACCAGGCCGCCCACUGCGUCCUCGCGCAGAACCCUGAGAACCAGGCGCUGGCGAGGUUUUACUGCCACACGGAGAGGACCAUUGCGAAGCGGCUCGUCCUGCGGCGGGACCCUUCGGUGAAGAGGACCCUCUGUCGUGGCUGCUCUUCCCUCCUCAUCCCGGGCCUGACAUGCACCCAGCGCCAGAGACGCCGCAAGGGGCAGCGCUGGACAGUACAGACCUGCCUAACAUGCCAGCGCAGCCAACGAUUCCUCAAUGAUCCCAGGCAUCUGCUUUGGGGAGACCGGCCUGAAGCCCAGCUGGGGAACCAGGCUGGUGAGAGAUCCCAAACCACCACAGCCCCUGCCAAGCACAGCUCACCCCAUUCCGGCCCACCUUCCUGAGGAGAAAGUAGAGCCUCAGCCCCAAUCCUCAGUGAUGGAUUCAUCCUAUCUGCCAAAGAAAUAAAAUUUCAUCUUGUUUAA